CGCCCCGGGCGCCGGGCGCCGGCGGAAUAAAGCCGGCUGAAGCCGGCCUCGGCCGUGUAGUGCGCGGCGCGGCGAUGGGCGGCGGCCGGAGCGCGCUGUGCGCCCUGUGGCUGUGCGCCCUGCGGCUGUGCGCCCUGCCGCCGAUUCGCGGAGCCGCGGUGCCCCUGCCAGGCGGUGAGCCCGAGUGCAGCCCCAAUGAGUACGAGCCUGAGGGUCUCAGCUGGUGCUGCAAGCAAUGUCCUGCCGGCUAUCAUGUCAGCGCGGACUGUGGUGUAAACCAUGGUGUUCCGAAAUGUAGCCCAUGCGAACCUGGAAGCUUCCUCUCCCACCCAAACGGGGAGACCAGCUGCUGGCCGUGCACUCAGUGUCGGGCGGACCAGGAGAUGGUGGCCGCGUGCACACGGAUCCGCGACAGGCAGUGCCAGUGUGCGUCGGGGAGCUUCUUCUGCGACUCACCGAGCUGCGUGGAGAAUUGCUUCCGGUGUCGAAGAUGUCCUGGCGCUGUCCUUCGGCCCUGCAAUGUCACACACAAUGCAGUCUGUGACCCAGAAGCUGGUACGGAGGCACCAGGAAAAGAAUUACCCAAGGUUGUGUUCAUCCUUGGGCUUGUUUCAUCCUUCAUCGUCUUGGGCAUCCUCCUCAUCAUUGCUGCCUUCUUCGUCAUGUACCGCUAUAAGAAGAAAGGUCUUAAGACCCGAAUCUCCGGUCAGCUGGCUGGAGGUGUCGUGUCCGGGGUGCUGUGGGCCAUGGGGCAGGGAGAGACGGGCGCUGCGUCAGCGUGGGGGCGCCCGGAGGGAGGCAGGGAGCUGGGUGCGGCAGAGCCCCGAGGACGCUCCCCUCCUGUGCUCCUAGCAGGUGUGUGGCCUCACCACUGGUUUUUCAGCUUCUUGAAAGGAAGGCUGGACGGACCUGACAGCGCUAUGGGCCAUCAGCAGAGUGAGUCGUCGCUGCUGCCCCUGAAUCCUGAGACUGACGGGCCAGCCCCUGCCACAGAAACGUCCUCGUCUUGUCGCAUGCUGGAGGAGGGGGGCUCAGCCGUGAAGCCCGAGGCUGGGCCCCACGCAGGCCCCUCCGAGGAGCCGGCGCCCGCUGAGCUGGCGCAGGUGACGCUCGGGGGGAGCCCCGCGGCCCCAGAGCAGGCGCUACCGACGGCCGCCCCCGGGUCGCAGGACCGGCCCAAGGCGGCCCCUUCCCUCAGGACCCUGGAGCAGGAAUAUGAAACUAAGUAUUUUGUAACAGAUACAUCCAAUGAAGACAGGAUCUACUACGAAUUUGAAAACAGGAUUUCUGAUAAACACUGGAAAACAUUUAUGAGGUUUAUCGGGCUGCAGGAUCAUGACAUUGACAUUUGUGAAUGCCAAAACCCCGGCAAUUUGAUGGAGCAGCAUCACCAGAUGCUGCUUAGGUGGAGAAUCCAGUUGGGAAGGGAAGCCUCUGUUUUUAAACUCUUCGCCGCCCUCCAUAAGAUGCAGCUACACAUGUACUUGGAAAAUAUUAUAAACGGGUUAGUUGCCGAAGGCAUCCUGGUCAGACGUUCGGAGACCACGGAUUAAACUUUGGGCUCGGAAUCAUGCCGUUAAGCCGGAUCCUGAAUGGACAUGAUCUAACCUCCUUUCCCCGUUUGCAUCUUACUGGAAACUUCUGGAAUCCCUGAUGGGGCUGUGCACAUUUUCUCCAUAGAUUGUACAGAUAGUUUGUAAUGGGGCGGUCAGUCCUACAUGCCAGCAAGAGUGCUUCCUGCGGGGCCAGACCAGCUGUGGGGACUGUCUGUGGCCAAGGCAGCAGAGGUGGGCAGGAUCUACGUGGAUCCCAGUGAGUCCUGAGCUGGUUGGGCCGGGCGCUGGGACUCUGCUGGCUGCACUCACAUUGCCCAGCCCUUUCCCCAGGCACUGAGGCAGGAGGCCAUUUUUCUGCCCUGAUCAGCUCCUAAAUCUCAGAGAUCUGGGAUGUCCCCAUGACCUGGAACACACUGUGCCUGUGACUGAGGUUCCCCUAUUAAGUAGGAAUAACUUAAUGAUUUGACAUUAUGCCGUAUUUAUCACAAGUAGAGAUAAUAUAUCAUUACAUUUUUUUCUAUAUUUAUAGUUGUUUUUUUAAAUAUUUUUUUACUAGAGAGAGUUCAAGCAGGGGGAGUGGCAGGGAGAGGGAGAAGCAGGCUCCCUGCUCAGCAGGGCUCGAUUCCAGGACCCCGGGAUCAUGACUGAUCCAAAGGCAGAUGCUUAACCGUCUGAGCCACCCAGGGGCCCCUACAGUUUUCUUUUCUCUUUUUUUAAGAUUUUAUGUAGCUUCGAGAAUUUCUGUGAGCAGGGGGAGGGGCGGAGGGAGAGAGGCAAUCCUAAGCCGACUCCCUGCCCAGUGCGGAGCCUGCCGUUGGGCUCCCGUCUCAAACGCUAACAUCAACUUGAGCCGAAAUCAAGAGCCAGGUGCUUAGCCUACUGAGCCACUUCAGGACCCCUGCGAUUAAGUUUUAAUAAAACUUACAUUUUAAA